UGGAACAGAAAAUAUGAAAAUUACACCGAGAACUCUGCAACAUUUGAUAAAAUUUCAUAAUUUGGAACUGUGGCCGAAGGAUUUGGCUGAAACUAUGAAAACCUGCUGUUAUGUUAAAAAAGAUUUCAUCACAGAAGCCGAAGAGAAAAGCCUUCUCGUCGACGUUGAGCCACACAUGAAGCGUCUUCGGUACGAGAAGAGCCAUUGGGACGAUGCCAUCCACCUAUACCGAGAACGUGAGCAACGAAAAUGGCGAGACGAGAAUCUCGAAGUGAUCUCCCGCAUCCGGAGUGAAUCGUUCGGCGCCAACACCGAACAUUUGACCUACGUGCAUAUUUUGGAUCUACACAAGGACGGUGUCAUCAAACCACACAUUGACGCGAUUCGAUAUUGUGGUGACGUCAUCACGGGUGUCUCCCUGCUCUCCGACGCUAUUAUGCGGCUCCGGCACAAGGAUCAGAAGGAUGAACUGAUUAUGGAUCUUCUGAUGCCUAGAAGAAGUUUAUAUCGAUUAGGCGGUCCCGGACGAUACGAUUUCACACAUGAGGUGCUCGGCGAGCAGGAAAGUGUGUGGAACGGAGAACAAGUGCCCAGGGAGCGAAGAAUAUCGAUUAUUUGUAGAGAUCUUCCGAAAGUGGCGAAUCGGCAGACGGCUGAGGAGGAGAUUAAGCUGAAACCGAUUCCUGAAGAAAUUUAAUUGUUUUUAUUACCUGUGGUUCUUAGAAUAAAUUGUUGCAAUUAAUAAACAAUUAAUUAU